AACAUGACUUUCAGAAGGAAGAAACAUGGCGUUUGGCAACUUAAAAAGCCGGGCUCCCUCCCUUCUCUCCCCUAGUGAGGAGACGCCUCAUUGUCAGUAGCCAGGAACUUCUCAGAGAGGUAACACACAUAACAAACCAAGAUGCCUGUCGACCUUUACUACAUGCCCCUGUCGGCCCCUUGCCGAUCAUGUAUGCUGACGGCCAAGGCAGUGGGCGUCGAACUCAACCUGAAGCUGCUCGACUUGAUGGCGGGAGAACAGAUGAAGCCCGAGUUUGUGGCCAUCAACCCUCAGCAUUGCGUUCCCACCAUGGUCGACGGGGACUUCGCUCUCUGGGAAAGCCGCGCCAUCUGCUCCUACCUGGCUACUCAGUACGGCAAGGACAGCUCCCUCUAUCCUUCCGACCCGAAGACACGCGCCCUUGUCGACCGCCUCAUGUACUUCGAUAUGGGAACGCUGUAUUUCCGCUUCGGCGAAUACGUGUACCCGGUAAUGUUCCGCGGUGAGACGAAGGCCAACCCAGAGAAGCUGGAGAAGCUGCACGAAGCCCUGGGCUGGCUCGACGGGUACCUGGACGGCCAUGAAUGGGCUGUUGGCAACAGCGUCACCGUCGCCGACUUCGUCCUGGUCUCCACCGUGUCCACUUUCGAGGCCGCUGGAAUCGAUCUGAGCAAGCACAAGAACGUGACGGCGUGGCUGGCGCGCUGCAAGGCCAACAUGGCCGGUUACGAGGAGAUGAACGCCAAGGGCGCGGAGGACUUCGGCAAAAUGGCCAGGGAGAAACUGGGAAGCAGUUAAACGCGGCAAAGAUCCCUUCCCGCUGCGAUAACUUUCGUCAUUAAUCUGCCGAUACAAUAAAAAAACUUUUUAUAUGUCAUGUGAAAUAAAACAUAAAAACUCC